AUGUUAAAAUCAUCGCAUUUAUUAAAACGUGCAUGGAAACCCCAAAAAGUAUCGGUGAGAAGUCGUCCUUACCCCGUUCAGUUCGGUCAUUUCCUUCGUAACCAGCCCCAAGUUCAGAUUACAGUUUUGGCAAAUGGAAUGAAAGUGGUUUCCCAAGAGAGGGAGACUUACAACGCUUGUGUUGGUUUAUAUUUCGACGCUGGCUCAAGAUACGAAAGUCUAUUUGAGAAUGGCAUAGCUCAUUUCUUCGAACACAUCGCGUUCAAAAGCACCCGAUGCCGGCCUAAAGCCGUCUUAGAGGACACCAUGUCCUGCACCGGAGCCCAUUUCAAAUGCUUCACUACUCGCGAGAUGGCCGCCUACUACGCCGAGUGUCUAUGUCAAGAUAUCCCCUGCAUCGUUGACAUACUCUCCGACUGCGUCUUUAACAACUGCCUCUGUCCCAACGAGAUUGAAGUCCAGAAGAAAGUAGUGUACGCGGAAAUGUUAGAUCAUGAACAAAAUCCUCACGCUAUUCUCGAUGAUUAUCUGCACAGCACAGCAUUCCAAGGAACUCCCCUUGCACAAACUGUCAUGGGAAUCAGCACCAACUUGUACAAUUUCAGUCCGACGACUAUUUAUAAUUAUUUGACGAAAUGGUUUGACCCAACUAAAACAGUAUUUGCCGUCGUUGGCGGUGUGAAACAUGAGCAGGUCGUCUGCCUCGCCAACGCUUAUCUGUGUAAAUUUGAGCCUUGCAAGUUUGAUGAUUUAGGAGGGUAUAGAUACACAGGAUCUGAAGUACGUUUCAGGGAUGACUCGCAGCCAGUCUGUAACGUGGCUAUAGCUGUUGAGGCACCUUCGUAUUGUGACGUCCAUGACAGCUUAGUGCUAGACGUGGCGGCGACUAUGAUAGGUGGAUGGGAUCGUUCACAAUACGGUGGGAUAGACCACGCUAUGAACGUCGCUCGCAAGGCUUCUUGUACGAGUUCGUGCGAUUCGUAUAAAGCGUUUCACUUGAAAUACCGUGACACAGGAUUGUGGGGCGUUCAAUUCAUGUCACCAUCUCUGAGUUUGGAAGACAUGUUGUUUUUUGUUCAAAGUGAGUUCAUGCAUCUGUGUACUAUGGCACCUGAAGGUGAAGUGGAGAGGGCUAAGCAUCAGCUUAAAGCGAAGAUCCUGUCAAAGUUGGAGAGCUGUCAAGGGAUGUGCCACGACUUGGGACGAUCGUUUCUGUACAGAGACGAGUAUUUAACUGUCGACGAGGUGAUGGAUGCAAUUGAUAAAGUCCAUGAAAAGGACGUGAAGGAGAUAUGCUAUCAAUACAUUUAUGACAAGUGUCCGGUGGUAGCGGCUGUGGGCCCGAGCGAAGGCUUGCCAGAGUACAACAGAAUUAGAAGUGGGAUGUAUUGGCUGCGAUUGUAG